AUGCCAUUUGGAUAUUAUCUCAUCGAAGGAAUUACUAAGAUGAUGUUUCAAAAAUUAAAUAGCAUCAAACCUGGAACAUCAGCAGCUAUUCAAUUUCAAUGCUGGCAACGAGAAGUCUCCAAGGUUUUAUCUCUUAGCAAAAGACUCCCGGAGGCUUCAACAUUUGCAUCAUUACAUUUAUUACAAGUAUGUCAUAAUUUUGUUUCAGCGGAUCCAAUCUCAAUAUCAAAUAUGAAAGAAAUAAUGAAAGCUGGAAAGGGAUCAAAGGGUCCCGAUAUAUUCAAUCAAAAAUUUAUCGAAACAAUUUUUUCAUUAAUGAAAAAGCUUCCAAAUAAUAAUGAGAAUUCUAUUCUGAAAUUAUCUUUUAUUAACGAAUGUCUUGAUAUGGUUCCUAAAAAUUCACCUUCUCAUAAGGAUCUUUAUCAGAAUAUGUUUUCACAAAAGCCUUUUCAUUUUAUGAGCCCAAUUAUAAUUCGUGUGUUAAAGUGUGAAGAAAAAGAUAGCAGUUUUACUACUCUUCAUAGCCUUAACAACAAAGCAUCAUUUAAUCUCUUUUUUACAUCAUUAAAAAAGAAAGAUUCGGCUGAUAAAUCCUUGAUAGCUUUAAUAGGUUUUAUUAUUAGUCGACUUCAUAUAAUAAGGGCUUCACGUGAUUGGACAGAGGAAGAAAAAAAAAUAGCAGAAUUUUUAAAAGAAAAAGUUGAUCAUUCAAGUGUUCCGUCAACUAUAUAUAAACAGACUAUCAACAACAUAAUAUCAAAUAACCAUUCAUUGCUUAGAAUAAACCAAAACGUUACAAAUUCUGAAUUACUAGUAAAAUCUGUCAUUGGCCAUGUUAUUGCAUUACAUGCAUCAAUUCCGGCAGAAUCUACCCCUUUAGCAUAUAUGCUACAUAACUUGAAUAAUUGUUCUGACCUAUUUAUACCUACCUGUGUUUCUGAUACCGAAGUGCUGGACUCUAAUAAAGAUAAUGAACCAUUGUCGUUAUAUUUCGGUGAUCCAACAUUGAACUUGUGGGCAUCUUGGAUUAAUGAAGAAGUGGUUGACAAUUGUUUUCCGGAAAAUUUAUUGGUUAAACACAUCUUUGAAGCAUUUAUGCUUGUUUCUGCUAGGAUUGAGGCGAUCAAAAAACAAUUACCUUCUGCAACAAAAACGGCGGCAACUAAUAGCCCACCAAUAACAAAAGUCGUAACCAGUAAGAAGGCACCUAAAACAAUUUCAAAAUCCACUAGCACUUUGUUUGCAACUAGGAAAUCAAACCCCAAAAUUUCAAGCUCUAGUGGAGCAAGAAGUUUAGAAGCAACAGCUUCAAAAACGCAAUUGACAAAAACAUCUACUUCUCAAGUACAAAAGAAAGAUACUGUAAAAAAAGGAUAA